AUGGCAGCAGCAAACCAAUUACUACCCGAUCAAGCUGGGCGUCCCCUAGGAGACGCGCGUCAUCUUCGCCCGGAUGGCGUGGGAAAUGGAUUAGGGCUACCUGUUCAAGGACGGGACAGGCCAAAGAAGAUAGUCCACCGAAUCCGACUAGCCACACUUAACAUCGGCACCCUCACCGGCCGUAGCCGUGAACUGGCUGACACUCUCAAGACCAGACGUAUCGACAUCGCGUGUAUCCAGGAGACCAAAUGGAAAGGGAGUAAAGCAAGAGAUAUUGGAGAAGGGUACAAGCUCAUCUAUCAUGGUGUCAAGUCGAGUCAAAAUGGAGUUGCCGUGGCCAUCUGUCAGCAACUACGAGACAGCGUUUCUGAAGUCGACAACAUCUCUGAUCGCCUAAUCUCAAUCAAGAUUAUUUCUGGCCCAACCAUCCUCAGAGUCGUCUCAUGCUACGCCCCUCAAGUAGGCUGCACUGACCAGGAGAAGGACGAGUUCUGGGAGAGCCUUGGCACGCACCUCCAGAUGGUCGCCCCAGACGAGCACGUCCUGGUCGGAGGAGACCUUAAUGGCCACGUUGGUAUAGAGCGCAAAGGAUACGAACAAGUUCAUGGAGGCCAGGGACUAGGCAUACGUAACGACGAGGGAAGCCGCAUCCUGGAUUGCGCUGAAGCCCAUGAUCUCGUCGUCGUCAACACCUUCUUCAGAAAGAGACCGAGCCACCUGGCCACCUACAUUAGUGGCGGCCACACAACCCAGAUCGACUACUGGAUGAUUCGACGGUGUGACCUGAAGCUGGCACUCGAUGCCAAGGUGAUUCCAUCAGAUACCAUCGGCCCCCAACAUCGCCCACUCGUCCUCGACCUCCAACUCAACCUCCAUCGGCAAACCCGAAUGAGAGUGACCGGCCCUGAGCACUUCAAGUGGUGGAGGCUACCCGAACACAAGCAACAACUUAAAGUGGCCCUUCAAUCACUUAACAUCAACCUCGACCAACCAGUCGACAGGCUCUGGAAUGAUAUCACCUGCCACAUACAGGCCGCUGCCUCUGAUAUUCUCGGCUCAACGAAGCCAGGGCGACAAUACAUGGAUAAGCAAGUCUGGUGGUGGGGUGAGGAGGUCCAGAUUGCAAUCAAGGCCAAGAAGCAGGCGUACAAGCUAUGGCAUCGCACACGCCUGGAUGCCCACCGCCAAAACUAUCGGACGCACAAGUCGGCUGCGAAACGGGUAGUGGCCAAGGCGAAAGCUGAGUACUACCAUGACUUGUAUGAGCAAUUAGGCACACCUGAAGGGGAGAAAAUGAUCUACCGCAUCGCAAAUUCGAGGCACAAAUCGACCCAAGCCAUUGGUCAAGUGAAACACAUCAAGAGUGCUGAGGGGCUAGUAUUGCGCGACCCUCCGCCAUACUUGCUCGUUGGAGCAGUAUUUUACCAUCAUCUCAAAUGA